GGGAAAGGGUGACGCGUGACGUUGCGCGACGGUACCUACGCCCAGGCCGGCUCUUUACCAAGCGAUCAGUCGGUUCUCGUCCUUGCCGGAUGACACCGGUCGACACGCGGGCGUUCGGCCGAAACUUAAUCGUAAGUUUUGCGCGCCACCGCGAGUCGGCGCCACGCACGAGACUCCUUUUCUCCGCGGAUACGUGGAGAAACAUGCAGCUCAUGAGAUGGAGCAUCACGCGCCGCCUCGAGUGCAGGGGGAUCAAACAGGGGACAUCCAGGCUAUCGUGCCCCCGAUUUUCCGGAGAGGAAAAUGAUUUUACGUCGGAUGGAGAAGAGAGUGGCGGUGCAGGAGCUGGCGGAGACGAAGCCGUGGACCUCACGGCUGCCAGGUCUCAUCAAGACGAGGAUGACAAGGAUCAGGAAGACGUUUUGGAGGAGGAUGAGGAGGAAGGCGUGGACGAGCAGGACGAUCAAGAGGACGACGAGGAAGGAUCGAGGAAGCAAAUGCAUCAUAGGCAGGAUGCUGAGAAUAACAAUAAUUUCGUGGAAGGUGGGACACCGGCCGGCUUAUUCCCACCGGCUGGAACUAGUCACGUCACCUUGGAAGCCCUUCAGAACACGAAAGUGGCGGUCGCUCAGUUCGCAGCGACAGCGUUGGCCGGUGGCGCGGACACCGAGGCUGCUCUCCAAGAUUUGGCGCUGCUGCAAAGCACCCUGUACACCCUGCAGCAUCAACAAGUGUUCCAGUUGCAGUUGAUCAGUCAACUCCAGCAGCAACUCUCCAUAACGCAUAAUCAAACGGUGCAACAGCAAGCACCGGGCGAGCCGUCGGACAGCAAAGAGAUAUCACCUUCGCCGAUCAUUCAGCCCAAACCUUUAUCGAGCCUUACUUCGCCUCCCUCGUCGCGCCCGCCGAGCCACCAGCAAACCUCGCCAGCUCCGAUGACGCCCAACCUCGCCCAGGAACGGCCCACACCGACCAGCAGCGCGUCCCCGUUGAACCUUCCCCUGGCUUCGACGAACGCGACAGGCACGACCGCGACCACCAGCACCAGCAGCCAGGUGCCUAUGUCUCAUCAGAUUCCGCCUCUCUGCUCGAUCAGUUCUUCCUUAGCUUCGUCGAUAAUAACCAACACCGAUCCCCCACCGUUGCACGAGCCGAAUACCCUGGAGAUGCUGCAGAAGAGAGCCCAGGAAAUGCCGCCCCUGUACAGAUCGCCGGUUGUUGCUCAUCGGGACGAUCAGGACGUGCCGGAGAACUUGAGUAAACCCGUUACCACUGCCCCGACCACGUCCCCACAUUCCCCCGCGGUUGUGUCCAACUCUCGUCAUUCCUUUCACGACAAUCACCUCCACCAUCAUCACCACCAUCACCAACAACAACAACAACAACAACAACAACAACAACAUCAUCAUCAACAACAACAACAUCAUCAACAACAACAACAACAACAACAACAGCAACAAAAGCAGCAACAACUCGAGCAAAGGGACGAGAUCAAGCUCGAGCACCGAUCGCCUAUGCAGGACCAGUAUCAACACCAACGGCCCACGAGUCACGAGCCCACCGAGAGGAUAACGCCUAAGAAAGAGCCGGAGGAGGCCGAGGAGCCGACGGAGGAGGAUAGCGAGGAUUUCGAAGAGACGACCAGACGGUAUUUGAAUUCACCCCAAUCCUCUGUCAAUCCACCCUCUCAACCGCAGACUUACGAAGACUGUAGCAUGGACAGUAAGAUGAGCGGCCGACUCGAAGGUGACGCCGACAUGGAGGUCGACGAGGAGAUCGAGGAACAGCCCGAAAAUUUGUCCGGUCGGGGAACGAUUAAUCGUUUGCCGCAACACAUUGUCGCGUAUCCCGGGGCAUCCCCCGCGAGCAGUAGCGCGAGCAGCGGUAGCCUUCAAACAUCCUUCGCGGGGAUUCUGUUCCCAGGGCCGCCCGCGCAUCACCAAAUACCGCACCAUCCAGCCCCAACUACGGUAAACACGUCCGCCGUCAAUACGAACGAGAUGAUCGACCCGGCCAAGGAUCCAGCCAUCUAUUCCAGCCUGUUGCCACGGCCGGGCAGCAACGACAACUCGUGGGAAAGUUUGAUCGAGAUCACCAAGACCUCGGAAACGUCCAAGUUGCAGCAACUGGUGGACAACAUCGAGCACAAAUUGACCGAUCCGAACCAGUGCGUGAUUUCANGAGUCUUGUCCUGCAAAAGCGCGUUGCAGAUGCAUUACAGGACCCACACGGGCGAGCGGCCGUUCAAGUGCAAGAUCUGCGGCCGGGCGUUCACCACAAAGGGUAACUUGAAGACUCACAUGGGCGUGCACAGGGCGAAGCCGCCGCUCAGGGUGUUGCAUCAGUGCCCCGUUUGCCACAAGAAAUUCACGAACGCGCUGGUGUUGCAGCAACACAUACGGCUGCACACCGGCGAGCCGACGGAGCUCAGCCCGGAGCAGAUUCAAGCCGGCGAGGUGAACGAGUUCCCGCCCGGCUAUCCGCACCACCCGCUGGCAUCCUUCCUCCCGCAGGGCUUUCCACCCAUUCACCCUGCCGGAGCCGGCUUCCCCUUGAGUUUCCCCCCGACCCGGCAACAGGCGUUGGAAAGACAGGCUCAGGAGAACGAUGUGGACGGGAAGGACGAGCCGCAGCAUCAGCAUCAGCAUCAGCAUCAGCACCAGCACCAACACCAGCAUCAACACCAGCAUCAACACCAGCAUCAGCAUCAGCAUCAGCAUCAGCAUCAGCUUCAGCUUCAACAUCAGNNNCAACAGCAGCAACAGCAGAGGUACACGGGCGAGGAACACAGCGAGGAAGCGGAUGAUCAGGAUGACGAGGAGGAUGAUCGUAGGGAGGAAGACGAGAGGUGUGCCAUGAAUCGCGAUGGUCGUGGCGACGUGGAGGACGAGCAGGAUCGCGAGAGCGAGGAUAACGAGCACAAAGAGAUCUCUUUACCGAGUUUCUCCACUUCUUUAGCAGCUCUGGAGAACCAAGUUCGAACGAUCACAACGACGGCCACGUCGACGGCAGGGAAUAUGGCCAGGUCGCCCCCGUUUCACCGGUACAACGGGAGCGAGAAGAGCAACAGCCCGAUGAAUUCGGGGGCCCCGUUGGACUUGACACCCCGGGCAUCGUCCACUCCCGCUUCGGUGGCUUCCGUGCCAACGCCACCUCCGCAAACCACGACCCAACACCCGCACCCGUUCGGCAUGUUCGCAGGCCUGCUGCAAGCGGUCUCAUCGUCGCCGUCUACCAGCAGCAUCGGUUCGUCGAGCAUAAACAGCGUGAGCUCGAUGAACGCCGUGACUCCUGGAAGCGGCGCCGCCGGACCCUUGGCUUCCCUGACCACGUCAGCCGUGUUGGCUGCCACGUCGACCUACAACCCGCUCGGCCUGGCUGUCGGAGGGCCAGCAGUGCGUGGAAACACCACAUGUAAUAUCUGCUACAAGACAUUUGCGUGCAACUCCGCGCUGGAGAUCCAUUACCGGAGCCAUACGAAGGAACGACCUUUCAAAUGCACCAUAUGCGACAGAGGAUUUUCGACCAAGAACGAUGGUUCCGGGCAGCAAGCAUGCGUCUGUGCGUCUCAACCGUUGCCCGCUAACAGUUCGAUCACUUCACCCGAUCCUCAAUUCGGAUCACCGUGGGGGCGGGGGCUUACGCCUGUCUAUCCUGCCAUCCGCCUACCCCCGCUGAUGUCGCCCGCCCUCGGACUUCUACCCUCGGCGCACAGCCUCCUGGGGAACAUGAAGCAGCACAUGCUGACCCACAAGAUCCGGGACAUGCCGCCCCAUCUGUUCAGCGACUCGAAGCAACAGCAACAGCAGCAGCAGCAACAACAACAGCAGCAACAUCAGCAACAGUCUCAGGAGCACGAGACCUCGAGAAGUCCUAUGUGCGCCGAGGACUCGAGCUUACCGCCGCCUCCGCCGCCUCCGCCACCUCCUCCCCCGAUGCCUCCUACCUCGAUAGAGCAGAGCAUCGCCGUGAAGAGAUCUCCGCCCGAGGGAGAGCUGCCAGCGCCAAAGAGACCAGCCAGCGUGCCGAGCAAACACUUGUGCCAGAUUUGCAAUAAGAAUUUCUCCUCAUCUUCGGCGCUCCAGAUCCAUAUGAGAACUCACACGGGCGACAAACCGUUCCGAUGCACCGUCUGCCAGAAGGCCUUCACCACCAAGGGCAAUCUCAAGGUGCACAUGGGCACGCAUAUGUGGACCAACGGGGCUUCCCGACGAGGCCGUCGAAUGUCCCUGGAUCUGCCUCCCCUACCCAUCACCCCCAAGGACUCGGAGUUCCUCCAGCGACGGCCGGAUCUUUUCUAUCCCUAUCUACCCGCGCCAUUCCUUAACGGAGUACAGCAGAAACUGAACGAGAUCUCGGUGAUACAGAGUAACAACGGGUUACCGAGCCACUCGGUGGCCGCAGGCAAAUACGCGGGAUUGUUCGGCUCUGUGUACGCUGCUGGCGCCGGAUUCCCACUGGACAAGCAGCCAAUGGCGGCGUCCAGCAACGGGCCGUCGUUGCUCGACGGCAAAUCCUCCAUUCCAUCCGGAUCCAUGCUCUUCCAGACACCGUCGCCCUCCCACUCGCCCGGCACGCCAGGCUCCAACGGGAGCAAUCAGAACAGCGCCAACGUGUCCUCGUGGACGGGUGACGCUCUUCAGCACCAGCUCUUCGACCGAGAACCGCCCGCCAGGUCGGAAGGAAACUCGACACCGCCAUCCGCUCGACUUCCGCCACCCCCCGCGGCCAGGGGUGAGGGACUGGCCACGUGAACCUCGUUAAACACCACCGAUAACGCAUACCCUUCUUUCUCGAGGCUUCACGUUUUCGGCGAUUGAACUCCGUCCUGGCUGUUACAGACGAGACAUAAGUAGAGAGAGAAAGAGAGAAAGAGAGAUAGAGAGAAUGUGUGUGUGUGAGAGAGAGAGAGAGAAAGAAAGAGAGAAA